GCCAACACCCGGAAAUAGGGUCAACACAUGAGAAAAACAUGGCGGGCAGCAGGUUAGAGAAAGUCGGGACUGUUUUUACCCGAGUCCGAGACCUGAUGCGGGCUGGGGUAAUGAAGCCCCACGAGAAGCCCAUUUGGUUUGAUGUUUAUGCAGCAUUUCCCCCAAAGAAAGACCCUCUGUAUGUCAAACCUCACUAUCGACAACCCACCAGACCCACAACGGACACUGUGCCUGAGAUUUUCUACCCUGAAGACGUCAUCAGAGCAAAAUUUUAUAAAGUGUAUGGGGCCGGACCUCGGGCGCUGGAUUUAUCCAAGUCUAAAUUUGUAUCUGUUUGUCAAAGGUUCGUAGAGCAGUACGAGGAGCUAAAGAACAGCACAGACCUGGAUGACGACGCUUUAUUUGAAGAAACUGGAAAGCGAUUACUGGCUCAAGGCAUCAUUCUAAGACGGAGAGGAGCCGCCACAGUGGUGCCAGAGAACAAGGACACAGUGCUGGACCUGAAGCUGACUGAUAUGUUAGCAGAGCAGCAGUCUGUAACAACAGAAGAAGAAGAAACGACAACAACGACCAAUUCAGCUCCACAGACAACAGUAUGAUCUGAAAAAAUACAAAACCCAUGAACUUUAUAAGAAUGAUUUUAUUCAUUGUAUUUCCAAAAUGCCACAAAACUCUUAGAAAACAGUGAAUUCAGUUUCAAAUGCUCAGCAAUAUGGUAAUACAUCUGGUAAUACAUACAUUUUCAUCAAAGCUCUGACAGAUAACUAAAACCACUUUGACAGUUUAUUUAUUUUACACAAAAGAAAAACAUUUGUCAGUUUGUUCUUGUAAUAAAUGUGAAAGUGCUCAGUC